AUGUCACUUCAUCAUCGUCCGUCGAUCGAUGUACCGUUACCUCAGGUACAUGUUCGCAAUGGUCAAGGAUCGCGGAAACGGCCGGCUGCAGGUAUUUCAGGGAAUGAGAAUUUUGUGAAUUAUGGGGAGACGGCGGGAACCGAGAGGAGGGGGAUUUUUCCACGGCAAUCUAUUGGUUCCUCUAGUCGAGUGGCCGUUAGGGGUGGAAAUAACCUACCAGAGAGGAGACAUAUAAACGGUUCCGGCGUGGCUCGAGGGACGGGUCCUUCGAAGAGGAUGGCCAAUGGGGGUAAUACUAAAAUACCAAAUCCUCCAACAAAUGGCAUCACCCGCAAUAUUCUCAAAACUCCAGUAUCACCGGCAUCACCCCAGGGAAAAGGCUCCCCACAACGACCAUCCAAUCCUCCCAUAACCCCCACCAGAAACUACAUCGUUCACCUGGUCCAACCCUCCCCACCACCUCUCUCACCUAUAAAACCCCUCCCCGCCGCCUCCAAAGCCGCGAUAUCAGCUUUAGACUCCAUCGGACUGAACACCAGACGCCCAUUAUCUCGUCCUAAACCACCAGCAAUCGCAAUCCCUACGACUCCUCCACCUCCUCCGUCUCCUUCUCCUAUAGCGACGACAACAUCGGCAGCUUUUACAGUUCUACCGCCACAACCGCCGCAGCCACAGAUACCUACAACCCCUCCGAAUUAUACGUUACAAGUAUCGAUCGACUUAACACUCAGAACCACCUCCUCGGAACCGUUAAACCCACUACCACCGAUAAUAGAGGGUACGUGGGUCAAUGUUAUUGGAUAUAAACGAAAAGAUGGGGUUUUAGACGCUAUCUCGAUAUUUAAAGUUAAGGGGGUACUUAAUCUCGAAGCUUAUGAGAGAGCUAUUGUGGGGAUGGGGAGGGUUAGGGAGACGGUUGAGUGGGAGGUUAAAGAGGGGAUUGCACGAGGGAGGGGUCUACAGGGUGGCGUGUGGGAUUGA